ACACAAUAUUGGGCCCUCAGUCGAAAAGUGCUAAUUGGCAACACCAGAUGCAAAACUUGGCCAAAAGAAACGGGGAAGCGUUCACAUUUCAAAUAAUCAUUCAGAAUGGAAGACUUUGCCAAUAAAUGUGAACUGAAAGAAAACGAGACGAUGGGCAGGUAUUUGGUAGCUGCUGUCAAUAUCAAGGCCGGAGAAACGCUGCUGCUGGAGCAACCUUUGCUGCUGCUCGCCAACAACGCUGAUAGACGCUGUUGCAACUGCCAUCAGUUAACCUCCACGUUUUGCGGCAAGUGUCGUCUAAUGCCGCUCUGUGCGGAGUGCGUGGAUCAUCAUGGCCUUGACUGCCUACGCUUGGCGAAGCUGCAGCUGCAUGUCGAGCAAGUGCAGCAGCUGCAAGCGAAUGCAGAGAUUGCCAAUGUUCUAAAGUUUUUGCUGUUGAGGGAGCAUGCAGAAAUGCACUCUUGGUAUGAAGAGCUACUACAAAUGGAGGCACAUCUAGCUCGUCGUCGGGACACAGAAAUUUGGCGCACUUAUCAGAAACAGGUGAUAGAGCCACUUCAAUCAGCCGGAUUGUUGUUGCAGCUGCGAAAUGGUUCGGAAAUCGAUGAAGACCUGCUGCAACGCAUGCUUGGCAUUGCGGACAUCAAUGGCUUUGAAAUACGCGCCCCGGAAUCUGGGAGUUCCAUGCGCGGUGUCUAUUUGAGAGCUGGUCUUUUUGCGCACAGCUGUGUUCCCAAUGUAGUAGCGGCCAUCGAUGAACAGCAUCGCAUCAAGCUGUAUGCAAAUCGAUCCAUAGCCGCCGGGGAGAUUCUAUACAAUUGCUAUACGAACAUUAUGCUGGGCACGGACGAAAGGCGUCAGAUUUUGAAGAUUGGAAAGUGCUUUGAUUGCCAGUGUGUCCGCUGCCUGGAUCCUACUGAGCUGGGCACUCACAUGAGCAGCUUCGUAUGCUCCCACUGUGCAGGUGGAUAUAUAGUAAAACAGCCUGACUCUAAUGCGUGGCAGUGUCUGCUUAAUCCGGAGCACAUGCUGAACCCAGAAUUUGUGGCAAGUGUAGUGGAACGUGCUAAGGAAGAGGUUUUUCAUGCUCGCGAUGAUAUUUAUCGUCUAGAGUUGCUGCUGGCCAAGCUGGGACGUCUGCUCCAUGGCAAUCAUUAUAUUAUGCUCGACCUUAAACAGAAUAUAGCAUCCAUACUGAGGCAGAUCUUGCAGAAUAUGGCACAUCGACCCAGCCGUAAAGUGUACGAGCGUAAGAUUCGCCUAUGCCAAGAAAUAUUGUUGGUUCUUAAGGUUUUGGUUCCCGGCAUAUCCCGCCUUAAAGCAAUUGCACUCUACGAAUUGGCCAACACUCAAGCUGAGCUUGCGCGAAAAUUGUUCAGUGAACAGGAGCAUACCGCUGCAGAUUUAUUGGGAGAAUUGCAGCAGACUGAGAUUAUGAUGCGGGAAUCACUUCGCAUGCUGCUUUAUGAACCUAUCUGCACGCCGGAGGGUCACUUGGCACGUAAUAUGCUUAGAGAGCUAAAAGAGCUUCAAAAUGACAUGAAAGUGCUGCAACAACCAAAUGAUGAUGUGAUUAAUUAAAAUUUGUUAUUUUAUAUUUCAAAAUA